GCCCUUAAUCAGUUAUAGAGAUUUCUUGGUGUUGGAAAUUGGUUUUUCAUCAUCAUUAUAUUACUUAUAUUAUUGAUAUUAUUUGAUUUAUUUAAAAUUUAAAAGUGAGCUCAAAAUCCAUCAUGCAAACAAUAAAAUGUGUUGUUGUCGGUGACGGAGCGGUUGGUAAAACGUGCCUAUUAAUUUCUUACACAACGAACAAGUUUCCAUCGGAAUAUGUUCCAACAGUAUUUGACAAUUAUGCCGUAACUGUUAUGAUUGGUGGGGAACCCUACACCCUCGGACUAUUUGAUACUGCUGGUCAAGAAGAUUAUGAUAGACUUCGACCGCUGAGCUAUCCCCAAACAGACGUAUUUCUUGUUUGUUUCUCGGUUGUUUCGCCAUCCUCUUUUGAGAAUGUCAAAGAAAAAUGGGUGCCAGAGAUAACCCAUCAUUGCCAAAAAACACCUUUCCUUCUAGUUGGUACACAGACCGAUCUUCGUGAUGAUGCCGCUACCGUGGAGAAAUUAGCAAAAAAUAAACAAAAGCCGAUCACUUUGGAGCAAGGAGAAAAAUUGGCUAAAGAAUUGAAAGCUGUGAAAUAUGUUGAAUGCUCUGCCCUAACUCAGAGAGGACUUAAAAAUGUUUUUGAUGAAGCAAUCUUGGCUGCAUUGGAACCACCCGAGCCAAAACCAAGGCGUCGAUGCAACCUCCUUUAAAAUCAUUGUCAACGCUAACAUCAUUGUCAAACUAAUUCAGAAUCAAGAUUCAUGCUAAUCUCAUUGAGCAAGAGAUACAGUUUCUCUGAGAUUAAAGCUGCUUUUUUCAUCUUAUCAGCUAAUUUACGUAUUUUUGCACGUUUUUUAUCACGAAUUUUUCUCAUCUCAGCAUCUUUAGCUUCAUUCCGAGAUACAUUCAUCUGAAAAGCUUUCCAAGUAUGUUUAGGAUUUAAAAAGAACGGCCUUACCUAAAGAAAGAGAAAAAAUAAAGAAAGGUAAAUUAAAUUGAGUAUAUUAGGUUGAUAAUCAAAAAAAA